CGUAAAAAUAACACAAAGUAAUCGGAACUGUCAGAAAACUUGUAAUAAUGUCGCAUUCUACAUCCUUUAAUAAUAGCUUCAAGAAACCCGUAAAGCGACAGGUUAAGCAGCAGAAUCCCAAAGGAUGCUGCUGCAAGCGUUCGCAAUGCAUUAAAAACUACUGCGAUUGCUAUCAAUCGAUGACCACCUGCUCCAUCUAUUGCAAGUGUAUUGGCUGUCGCAAUACGGAGGAACGCGUUGCAACGGAAACGCCACCCAAGAAAUCAGCACAAACUGUGAAACGGGAACGUGCUGUGUCGCUUAAUGCCAAAGCAGCUGCGGCUGCGGUGAAGGAAGGCACCAACAUCCACCUGAAGCCGGCUCCAGGCCCAGUGACUUACACCGUACAGCAGCAGCAACAGAGAAUUGUUGUGCCGCAACUGCCGGCGACUGCUGCCAUUCAAUUGUCAGAGGUGGACAUGGAUAACAUCAUUACGCUGCCGCCGCCGAAUAUCAAUGUGCAGACAAAGAAAUCCCAAGCUGUGCAGCCUACAAUUAAUUCAAUGUCAGCACCGCCAAGAGAUGUCAACGUCCUGAAUCCACCCAUCAAUGCGGCAUUGCUCGAUUGCGUGGUGAUCCAAGCCUUAGAAGCUGAGGACUUUGGUUUCAAUGAACUGCAUGUGGGACAAUUAGUGUGCCACGAAUUUUCACGCAAUCUGCAAACUAUUUUAAAGGUCUUUAAGACUUAAUAACCUAUUAAUAAUAAACUAACUGCAAUUGAAUUUGUGUA